UGUGGCACCGCGUCCCCGCGCCCCUGUCACGGGUUCUGCUCCGCCCGGGUCUGAGUCCGCGCCGCCGCCCGCCGCCGCCAUGAUGAUGUGCGGAGCGCCCUCCGCCACCCGGCCGGCCACCGCCGAGACCCAGAAGCUCGCCGACCAGGUGAAACAAGAGCUGGAAGAGAAAGAAAACCGCAAGUUCUCCGUUUUCAAAGCUCUGUCUUUCAAAAGCCAGGUGGUGUCAGGGACGAACUACUUCAUCAAGGUUGACGUGGGGGGUGAAGAAUUUGUGCACUUGAAGGUGUUCCAGAGCCUGCCUCAUGAAAACAAGCCCCCAGCCUUGUCUGCCUACCAGAGCAACAAGAGCCAGCAGGAUGAGCUGGCCUAUUUCUAGUGCCACCACGCCAGGGGACCAGAAGGAAGUGUCAGGGUUGACCUCUGGGGUGCGGGCACCUGGCUGAGCAGCGUCUCUUACUUCUGUCCUGUCCUCAAUUUCACUAUUGAUUUUCUUUCUCACAGUUAACGAUCGUUAUUUUCAAAGUCAAAUAUAUUUUUUAAAGUCAA